AUGGAGCGCAGAGAGAAUCAAACUCCACAAGGCCAAAUAGCUAGGGUUUUGGUUGAAUUUUUGGAAGUUGCUAUUACUUGUGUUGUUUUUCUCAAAGGGGUUUAUCCUUCAGGUGCUUUUGAGAGGAGAAGGUAUAUGAAUGUGGUAGUUCAAAGGGCUUGUCAUCCUCAGCUUAGAUAUUACAUUCAUGCCACUGUUUCAGGACUUCUUCCCUUUAUUCAAAAGGGCCUGGUUGAAAGAGUGGCUGUUAUUUUCUUCAAUGCUGAUGAUAUUCCGCUCGAGAAAUUUAUUUUCAAGCUUGCAAUGAAUCUCUCUUAUGGUUCAUCUGUGGAAGAGGUUGAUCUUCAGUUCUCUCUCAGAUCAUUCAUGAGCAAGUUGUCAGUUUCAGAAUCUCUUACUAAGAAGCUUCCUCCUGAUUGCAGGUGGGAGAUAACCGCUUACUUUCGAUCCAUUCCCGAGGCAGGCACAAGCAAGGAAGCAGACUUGUGGAUUUCAACUGACACAAAGCAGUGGCAACAGCCUCCACUUAUUACCCCUAUCAAGUCGAUGAGUAGUGAACCUCUUUGUUUGCAAUUGUACUUGGAGCAUCCAUGUGUAUCAGAAUCAUUGUUUUGA